AUGGAUAUUUCAAUCGCUUGGUAUUGUUAUUAUGGUGUUCUCACUCUAUUAAACGAUGUUUAUCAAACAAAAAUACGUCUUUAUCCGCCAAAUUAUUUUGGUUUUCAAUAUCAAUGGCAAAGUCAACGUAUUAGUUUGACUUUGCAAUUGAGAACACAAAGUAUUAUUGUUCCUCCACUUAUUUUUCAACUAAUCAUCAUGCUUAUUGAUGAACAAGGAAACAUUGUACCAAAUCAUGAACAAAUAACAUAUACGCCUUGUCAUGAUUGUAAUACAAAAUGUAAUAUCUAUCUACUUUAUCUACAUCGUCUUAAACAUUCAUCAGCAAAUUAUUCUAUUCGUAUCGGUCUGUUUGAUAAAUCAACAUUAAAUUAUUGGACGAGUUGGUAUUUGCCGAUUCCAUUUGAGUUUCUUCCUGUUGAUCGAAUAUCGAUUCGACUAAUCAUUCCUGAAGUAUGA